CUCCCCCGGCAUAGCAUGGAGCCCCAGGAUGUUGAAAAGAAGGAACUCCUACAGGACACAGUGGAUGAAUGUGUUUUGGCUCCUUCAACUGUGCAAGAAAGGCGUGACAGCGGCCAGUCUUACCGUGAUGGCAAAUUCCUGUUUGAUGAACCUGAAUUUGGGUCUACUCUGGAUAUGGCCUAUGAAUGCUCCCAUUCCAAAGGGGCUAUAACUCCACGUGGUCCCCCAGAAGACCGAACUGAUCAGGAGGGUCUGGGAAGACAAGAGCCGGCUGCCCCCAGGCUCAGCAGACAGCUGGUAGAGGGGGUACAGCAGGACGUCUCAAGGGACUCUCAGGAUGAACACUACUUGACAUACUCAGUUCUCCCCGACCUGUCUGACUCCUACUGGCCUUACAGGAGCACCACCAUCUUCCUACCCGAGGAACUGGAAGUCUGUUCCUCUCUGGAAGUGACCAGUGAGUACUACAUUGUCCAGCUGAUCAAGCUCCACCUGGACACCCACAAAGAUCUCCUGUUCUUU